AUGACUGCUGGAGCAACAACCUCACCUGAAACUAUACCUGGCUUAACAUCUUCAGUUGAGACCACACUGGCUCUGAAAACUACACCACCUGCAGAAACUACUACUCUAGGCACCACUUCUGCUGAAACGACACCAUCAGUUAGUUCUACAGCAAUUCAAACAAAAUCAUCCACACCCAUUAUGACGACCGCUGGAGCAACAACCACACCUGAAACUACACUUAGCUUAACAUCUGCAGUUGAGACCACACUGGCUCUGAAAACUACACCUUCUGCUGAAACAACACCAUUUGGUAGUUCAACACGAAUUGUAUUGGAAACAUCCACACCCUUAAUCACAACUGUUGGAACAACAACUUCGGCUGAAACUACACUUGCCUCAACGUCUGCUGUUGAAACCACAGUGGCUCAAACUUCAACUUCUGCAGAAACUACUACCCUAGGCAGCACUUCUGCUGAAACAACACCAUUAGGUAGUUCCACAGCAACUCAAAUGGAAUCAUCCACACCCAUUAUGACGACUGCUGGAGCAACAGCCUCACCUGAAACUACACUUGCCUCAACGUCUGCUGUUCAAACCACAUUAGUUCAAACUACAACUUCUGAAGAUACUACCCUAGGCACCACUUCUGCUGAGACAACACCUUUAGCUAGUUCUACAGCAAUUCAAACAAAGUCAUCCACACCCAUUAUGACGACCGCUGGAGCAACAACCACACCUGAAACAACACCUGGCUUAACAUCUGCAGUUGAGACCACACUGGCUCUGAAAACUACACCUUCUGCAGAAACAACUAGCGUAGGUACCACUUCUGCAGAAACUACACCAUUAGUUAGUUCUACAGCAACUCAAAUGGAAUCUUCCACAUUCAUUAUGACGACUGCUGGAGCAACAGCCUCACCUGAAACUACACUUGGCUUAACAUCUGCUUUUGAAACCACAGUGGCUCAAACUACAACUUCUGUAGAAAUUGCUACUCUAGGCACCACUUCUGCUGAAACAACACCAUUGCGUAGUUCAACACAAAUUGUAUUGGAAACAUCCUCACCCUUAAUCACAACUGUUGGAACAACAACCUUGCCUGAAACUACACCUGGCUUAACAUCCGCUGUUGAAAACACAUUAGCUCAAACUACAACUUCUGUAGAAACUACUACCCUAGGCACAACUUCUACAGAAACUACACCAUUAGUUAGUUCUACAGAAAUUCAGAUGGAAUCAUCCACACCCAUUAUGACGACUUCUGAAGCAACAACCACACCUGAAAAUACACUUGGCUUAACAUCCGCUGUUGAAACCACAUUAGCUCAAACUACAACUUCUGCAGAAACUACUACCCUAGGGACCACUUCUGCUCAGACAACACCAUUAGGUAGUUUUACAGCAAUUCAAACAGAAUCAUCCACACCCAUUAUGACGACUGCUGGAGCAACAACCUCACCUGAAACUACACCUGGCUUAACAUCCGCUGUUGAAACCACUUUAGCUCAAACUACAACUUCUGUAGAAACUACUACCCUAGGCACCACUUCUGCUGAAAUGACACAAUUAGUUAGUUCUACAGCAAUUCAAACAAAAUCAUUCACAACCAUUAUGACGACUGCUGAAGCAACAACCAUACUUGAAACUACACUUGGCUUAACAUCUGCAGUUGGGACCACAGUGGCUCAAACUACAACUUCUGUAGAAACUACUACCCUAGGCACCACUUCUGCUGAAACGACACCAUUAGGUAGUUCCACAGCAACUCAAAUGGAAUCUUCCACAUUCAUUAUGAUGACUGCUGGAGCAACAGCCUCACCUGAAACUACAGCUGGCUUAACAUCCGCUGUUGAAACCACAUUAGUUCCAACUACAACUUCUGCAGAAACUACUACCUUAGGCACCACUUCUGUAGAAACAACACCAUUAGUUAGUUCUUCUGAAAUUCAGAUGGAAUCAUCCACACCCAUUAUGACUACUGCUGGAGCAAGAACCUCACCUGAAACUACACCUGGCUUAACAUCUGCUGUUAAGACCACAUUAGUUCCAACUACAACUUCUACAGAAACUACUACUCUAGGCACCACUUCUGCUGAAACAACACCAUUAGGCAGUUCAACACGAAUUGUAUUGGAAACAUCCACACCCUUAAUCACAACUGCUGGAACAACAACCUUAUUUGAAACUACACCUGGAUUAACAUUUCUAGCUGAAACCACAGUGGCUCUGAUAAGUUCAACUUCUGCAGAAAGUACUAGCCUAGGCACCACUUCUGCAGAAACAACGCCAUUAGUUAGUUCUACAGAAAUUUUAAACUGAUUCAUUCACCCACAUUUUGACGGCUGCUGAUGCUAUAACCUCACCUGAAACUAUACCUAGCUUAACAUCUGCUGUUGAAACCACAGUGGAUCUAAAAACUACAACUCCUUUUGAAACUACUUUUUUAGGCACCACCCAUCAGCUUUAGUUUGUUCAACUGCAAUUAAUUUGUAAUCAUCCAUACCUGUAAUGACAGCUGCUGGAACAACAACCUCUGCUAUAUCAAAACCUGGCUUACCAUCUGCUUUUGAAUCCACAAUAACGCUGAAAGUACAACUUUUGCAGAAAGUACUUGGUUAUUCACCACGUCUCUAGGCACCUCAGCUGAAAUACCUUCAGUUAUUUCAACAUGAAUUUUGGAAACAUCUACAAGUAGGUGUUACAAGGCAAGCUACAGCAGCUCAGACUUUUCCACAAUACCAUCAACAGCAACUGCUAAAUCCAGAACCUCAGCUGUAUCUACACCUGCCUCCACAACUGCUGUUGUCAAUAUUUGCUGUCAUUUUCCUUGUGGACAGUUCCAGAUGUAAAUAUGCAUGAUGUAAUGAAUGAACUGUGACUAUUUUCAGGUGUUUCUGAGGAACAAGCACAUCAUUGAUAUUGCCACUUCUAACAAGAUAAUGAUGUUAUGAAAGACAAGCAGAUGAUGGACAAUGGGAUAAGGACAAAGUCUUGUGGUAUUCCCUAAAGACUGCUUCCCCAAAUGCAGAUUUUCUUUGUGCUCUUGGUAAUUAAUAAAAUAUGAAUAUAAAUGUAGAGCGAAUUUUUUUUUUUUUUUAUAUUUAUUGCUAUUGUGAUUUAUGUGAUUUAUUGUGAAAAUGUGUUUUACAGUUUGUAAUAUGUCACGUUAUAUUAAAUAAAGGAUUUUCACUAUGGUCAACCUAAAACGUGUUUAUUAGGUGUCAUAGUCAAUGAUAUUCAAAACUAAACUGCUACCAAUAAAAUCUUCGAUUUUGUACCUA